AUGGCAACUGAAGCUCAGGCAGCUGUAGCCCCAUCAGCCUAUUCCUUCUCUAUGCUGGAUUUGGGUGUGUAUGACGAGGACUUGACUUACACAUUCAUGUGUCAGAACAAGCGCUUCAUUUUGUCUAUGUCGGUCAAGGAUUUAGAGGGCGAGGGCGGUCUUGUUGGCCAGUUCUACGAUUUUAAAGACAACCUCGACGAUCCCGACGUACUGAGCGACUUCGAGACGUGGGUCGUCGAUGCUAUCAACGACAACAUCAACGCCCUCGUCCCAACCCCGUCGCAGUACUGGAAACCAACAUCGCUUCAGGACUAUUACGGCGCGGAGACGUUUGUUUUUGAGAUGGCAAACGUCGGCGGCUCUCUCAUGGGGUUGCCACGACCAUACGAUCCAGCUGUCUAUGGUAACCCGAGCUCACGAUUUGUGAUCAGCGACGUCACUCCUGAGCCUUCAGAGGACAGAAAUAGCCUAUACCAUGAGAGAAGCAAACAGAACAUCAUUCUACGAACAGAUCUCCCCCUAUUGCCACUCUUUGAAGCAUCGCAGAUCGUGAGGGACGCUGGUCCUGAUUCGAUUGAGGAAGAGAUGUGUGAAGCGCCUAGGACUGUGCGGAGGUUAGGAACCGACCAGAAGUACUUCUUUAAGGCCGCGUCUGAGCUCCACGGCUUUCGACGGGAGCUGAAUGUGCUGACUAAAAUUCGAAACAUCGCCAACAAGGACCCUAGCGUACGAACAACGAAGAUCGUCGGCUUGGUAAAGUAUGAUGGCGAAGAUGUCAUCUUGGGAAUAUUGAUGGAGCUGAUCGACGGGCCAACACUCCACGAGGAAAUGUAUGGGGAUGCCUCGAUAAUCGACAAGCAGAAGUGGAUAAGCCAGGUUGAGGACACGGUUCAAAGGCUACACGCACACGGCAUAGUCUGGGGCGACGUGAAGCCUGACAAUGUCAUCAUCAAUCCAGAUGGGAAUGCUGUUGUUGUUGAUUUCGGCGGCGGAUAUACCACCCAGUACAUCGAACCAGAAUGGCAGGAGACCAAACGGGGAGACAUGCAAGGCUUGAAGAAAAUGAGGGCUAGGGUCCUGUCGGUGGAUAACCAAUAG